GCACUGGCACCGGGAGCGGCACCGGCACCGGGAACGGGAACGGGAACGGGAGCGGGCAUGGAGGUGCGCUGGCUCUGCGCGAUGCUGCUGGUGCUGCCCGGCGCUUGGGGUGACUGCGAGCAGCCGCCGAGGUUUGUCUUUGCGGAGCCCCCCCAGCCCCUGCAGGAGUCCUACGCCGUGGGGACCACGCUGAGAUACACGUGUCGACCGGGGUACACGGUGGCCAGGGGCAAGUCCCCCCUGGUCAUCUGCCUCCCCAACUCCACCUGGAUGGCGACCCCCGACUUCUGCAUCGGGAAGUCUUGCAGUCCACCGGAUAUCAUGAAUGGCAACUUUGACUACAUGACCAACCUCCAGUUUGGGGUGACAAUAACCUACACCUGUAACGCUGGGUACCGCUUAGUUGGGAAGCCAUCUGCGCAAUGUGUACUUAAAGGCAAUGAAGUUUCUUGGGAUCAUGUUCCAUACUGUGACCCUAUUUCCUGUUUACCACCUCCUGUGAUCAAGAAUGGGCAGCUCAUCAAUGAGAACACAGAUUUCACCUUUGGCAUGGCUGUAACCUACAGGUGUAACAACAGUUUUUCUCUUAUUGGAGAUGCCACGAUUCACUGUACGGUGAAUGAUAACCUCCAGGGAAUAUGGAGCGGUCCAGCCCCUGAAUGCAAAGUGGUCGCAUGUAAAAAUCCAGAAGUGGAAAACGGGAGAAGGUUAUCUGGCUUUGGCACUGCACACACGUAUAAAAAUACGGUGACCUUUGAGUGUAAUCCUGGUCAUUUAUUGAAUGGUAGUAGUGUAGUUACUUGUGAAGCAGACAGUACCUGGAAGCCACCUCUGCCAACAUGUGACCCAAUCUACUGUGGUCCUGCUCCACACUUCCUUUUCGCUGAGUUAACAACGGCUGUGGGUGACAGGUCCCCUGUUGGAACCAAGCUGAGGUAUCAGUGUAAACCGGGUUAUGCUGCAGCAAGUGGAAAGUCCUCUCUUGUCACUUGUCUGAGUGAUGCAACUUGGUCUACAGACCCAGACUUCUGUAUACGACAGCAAUGUACUCCUCCCACGAUAGAGAAUGGGGAUGUGACUGCAAGCAGUUUCCUUUUUGAGUCAGUUGUGACAUUCACCUGUCAUCCUGGGUAUGAAUUAAAGGGGUCCUCGUCUGCCAAAUGUGUGGUAUCAGGAAAUGGAGUUGAUUGGAACACAGCACCUCCAUACUGUGAAAGUCAGCUCCCACGCAUUCUCUGCAAAGACCCCCCCACGAUUGACAAUGGGAUGCACAAUGGCACAAAGGGCACAGAAUUUGUCUACGGCUCCGUUGUAGUUUAUAAAUGCAAGGAUGGCUUCACCCUUGCUGGAGCAGCCUCUAUUCACUGCAAAGCAGGUCAUCAAUACCAUGGAGUCUGGAGCGAGCCUACUCCUGAAUGCAAAGGUGAUGUUCCUCCUGUGGAACAGUUCCCUCACAUUUUCUGUGGAAAGCCACCUACCAUUGACAAUGGGAUGCACAAUGGCACAAAGGACAUGGACUUUGUCCACGGCUCCACUGUAGCUUAUAAAUGCAAUGAUGGCUACACCCUUGCUGGAGCGGCCUUGCUUCAGUGUAUUGCAGGAGAUCAAUACCAGGGAGUCUGGAGCAAGCCUGAUCCUGAAUGCAGAGGUGGAGCGAACAUGAUCAUUGUUGGAAUCUUCCCCCUCCUCCUGGCAAUUCUCGUUAUGAACGUCUAGAUAGGGAAGGGGCACGGUGGGAAGGCACCUGUAGACGUGUCGGACUUGAUCACGCUGAUCCUAGUGCUUUGCUUUUCCUUCCUGUGAAAUUGGCCUUGAAGCAGCAACCGACAGACCUGGGAUGACAAAGCCCAGACGCUCUCUGCCGCUGCCCGGCAAGCACUCGCACUUUUGGGUGCAGCUGCACCUCGCGUUGGACCCAGCAGCUCCUGCGCGGGACUGGGAUGGGAUGGAUGGGAUGGGAGGCUCUCCGCUGCCCAGCUGAGAAUGCUCCUCAGAAAUCAAGUGCAGUUAUCCCCGUGUUAAGUCACAGUGAUGCCAAAGAGCUUCACGCUGCAAUAGAGUAGGCUCAAGAAAAUCCUGCGCUUUGGGUAACUCCGCAUGUUCAGUGUCUCAGCCCCACUGAGGGCAUGUUGUGCCUGGUCCUGACCAGGAUUUAGGGGUUUCUUAAGCAACCUGAGGUGGAAAGCGCUGCCAAGAGGAUUAAUGGUGAAUGUCUUCAUGUGAGUGAUACAUACUUAAAGAAAUUGUUUGAUACAAAUAGGAAGAUUAAGUUGGGUAUUAUCUGUGAGUACUGAAAGCAUUGAAAAUGUUCAUAUAAAAGCGCAGCUGUAGCCAUUACUUCAAGGCAAGUCUGAAUCAUUCUGCAAGUAGCAAUCCUUACAGAUCAGUAAUUUUACCAGACAGAAAAAAAUUUAAAUGCCUUAUUACAAAGAACUACUAUUCUGACUCUUCCCGUAUGGACUAAAAUUAGUUUUAAACUUCAGCUGAAGGUCUCUGCCCUGGCGCUAUCUUUGUGUCCCAUCAAGGCUUUUCUGCAAGUAGCUGGUGGAAACACCCUUCCUGUCUCUGUGGUGACUUAACGCUUCUUUUGAAGUGCUGAAGCUUUCGGUGGGCUGAAAGCCCCGUGAGGAACCGUGCCGGAUGGGUGCUCGGGGGCAGUGGAGCUCAUCCGCAGGCAGGUGGUGUCCGGGCCAAAUGCAGAAUUUGCAGGUGUCUUGGCAGAUGCCACCAAACAUCAGGAAGCUGCUGCGUGUGAACCUUUUCACUUUCUGCUCAAAUGCCACCUGCCUGGGUUGACUCCGAUGCAGGGAAUCGCUGUCUGAACUUGCACUUUAAAGGCUUUUUCAGGUGGUGCUGUGCGCCCCGACCAUGCUGGCUCCCACCGUGGGUUGGCUGGGUGCCAGCUCAGCCCCAGGGCACCUCGGGGCUGCUGUGAUGCUGGGGAGGAAGAGCAGGGUUUUGGCCUCUUGCUCCGCUCGCAGCAGGGCUGGUAGGCAGCUGCACAGGGCGACUGUUGCUCCGACGCUGCACCCAAAGUAGGCGCAGGUACUCAUCAAGCCAAAGCCUUAAUUUACUCCUCCGUGGGGAACGGGACACAAAACCCCGCGUGUUUUGUGCCCUUUGUUUUCAUCCUGUCUAACCUCACCUGGUUGAUGGUUGUGUUGAGGGCGGAUAGAGGUGAGGGAGGGAGCGUGCUGUCCCCAGCUCGAGUCAGGCUUUGGCAGUGCCACGAGGACAGCUCAGAUGACGGGACCUCACUCACCUUGUCUAAACCAAAGACACGGGCAAAAGUGCCCUCGAUUUGUUUGGCUGACAGAAAGCCCACGUUGUGAUGUUGGUGUCCUUUUCCAGUUUUAACUGAGCCUUGCUAAAUGAUCACCUAAUAAGUUAAAGAGGUAAGUAGCAUCUCAUAAAAUGAAGUAACAAUUUGAAGGUUUCCUGGGAAUCCUGUUUAUAAGGGAAGCAAAACUGUGAUGGGAUUUAGACUUGUUAAGCCUGAAUCCAGCUUGAGACACUAGGACUUCUAGCUGUUGGUAAAGCAAGGUUUUGAGGUUUGGGGUUUUGUCUGAUGCAGAGGUACAUCACCUGUCUGUGAGUUUCUCAUGAUGCACAGUUGGGAAUGGGAAGUAUUUGAAAUGUGCCUAUCGCAUACUUUUUGUUUCUGCAUUUUCAUCAGUGCUUUCCUGUUAACAGGAACAUGCAUCUAAUUAGAGGGAAAAACACACAUAGCCAUUUCCGUCAACAUGUUAGUCUUCUUCCAGAUAGACCCACAAAGUUCUCCCUUCCCAGCAGAGCACUGUCCUGUUCAGCUGUCACUGGGGUACCAUGAGAUACUGUUUUCGGAAGCCAGUCUUGCAGAGCAAGCACUUGCAGAUUGCCGGUUAUUUUUAUGUAUCUCUUACUGUAAGCCAUGUGAGUGACUAGAUGAACAAAACACCAAUGUAAAGCCUCAUAGCUUAGUGUCAUGUUCUGUUCUGUUAUUUAAAUUCCAGCACAAUUGUUCCU